AUGUUAAAUAACAUUAAAUAUUCUUUAAUUGAGUUUUUAUUUCAUAAAGCUAGCUUAGACCAACCUCAAAGGAGGCAGGGGGAAGCAACGCCGACGGAGGAAACGGACAUGAAAUUAAAAUUAUUCCGCCUAAUGUAUGAAAGUGUCAGGGACAGCGAUCUAAAAGUGAAAAGGGCUGAAUUAAUCAAUUCCUACUACGUGAAUUCUACAUCUUUUGAGGUUGGCUAUUUAAUGGGUGAUAUAACUGAUAAAUACAAUAUCAUGACUGAUAUAGCUAUGACACUGAAAAGAUUAUAUGAAGAUUGGAAGCCUAUUGAGCAUAUAAAUGCUUAUGAACAAAUAGCAAAUCAGGCUAUAGAGUUGAAUCAUUUGAUUGAAAUCAUAAGGUCGGUUCACAAUAAACAACCCAUACAUGAAACACCUGAAACCCGCAGAGCAUGGCAUAGAAUAAAUAAAUAA